CCUCCCUUUUGCCGCAGUAGUUGCCUCCUCUUGCCCUUUCUCCUCCUCCCCUUUCUCCUCCUCCCCUUCCUCCUCCUCUGGCCGCUUAGUCUCACACCCGCCGGGCCGUUGCUCCCGAGACGUUGUUGAGUCCCCUGUGUCCUCUUCUGGACUACGCCAAGCCACAGGUGGAGGAACUGCAAUGUCUGGUGGAGAACAGAAACCAGAGAGGUACUAUGUGGGUGUGGAUGUUGGAACAGGCAGUGUCCGCGCAGCUCUGGUGGACCAGAGUGGGGUCCUGUUGGCUUUUGCAGACCAGCCAAUUAAGAAGUGGGAGCCCCAGUUCAACCACCAUGAGCAGUCCUCUGAGGACAUCUGGGCUGCGUGCUGUGUUGUUACAAAGAAAGUUGUACAAGGGAUUGAUUUAAACCAAAUUCGAGGACUUGGGUUUGAUGCCACGUGUUCUCUGGUUGUUUUGGAUAAGCAGUUUCGCCCAUUACCGGUCAACCAUGAAGAGGAUUCCCAUCGAAAUGUCAUCAUGUGGCUGGACCAUCGAGCAGUCAGUCAGGUCAAUAGGAUCAACGAGACCAAGCACAGCGUCCUCCAGUAUGUCGGCGGGGUGAUGUCUGUGGAAAUGCAGGCCCCGAAGCUUCUGUGGCUGAAAGAGAACUUGAGAGAGACUUGCUGGGAUAAGGCGGGACAUUUCUUUGAUCUCCCAGACUUUUUAUCAUGGAAGGCAACAGGUGUCACAGCACGGUCUCUCUGCUCCCUGGUGUGUAAGUGGACAUACUCAGCAGAGAGAGGCUGGGACGACAGUUUCUGGAAAAUGAUUGGUUUGGAAGACUUUGUUGCAGAUAAUUACAGCAAAAUAGGAAACCAAGUGCUGCCUCCUGGAGCUUCUCUUGGAAAUGGGCUCACACCAGAGGCAGCAAGAGACCUUGGCCUUCUCCCUGGGAUUGCGGUUGCAGCUUCACUCAUUGAUGCCCAUGCAGGAGGACUAGGAGUGAUUGGGGCAGAUGUGAAAGGGCACGGCCUUGUCUGUGAGGGGCAGCCAGUGACGUCACGGCUGGCUGUCAUCUGUGGAACGUCUUCUUGUCACAUGGGGAUCAGCAAAGACCCAAUUUUUGUACCAGGCGUCUGGGGGCCUUAUUUCUCAGCCAUGGUACCUGGGUUCUGGCUGAAUGAAGGUGGUCAGAGUGUUACUGGAAAAUUGAUAGACCACAUGGUAGAAGGCCAUGCUGCUUUUCCAGAACUACAAGUAAAGGCCACAGCCAGAUGCCAGAGUGUAUAUGCAUAUCUGAACAGUCACCUGGAUCUGAUUAAGAAGGCUCAGCCUGUGGGUUUCCUUACUGUUGAUUUACAUGUUUGGCCAGAUUUCCAUGGCAACCGGUCUCCCUUAGCAGAUCUGACACUAAAGGGUAUGAAAAUGUUGUCUCGAAAAACCACUGGAUAUCUGUAUAUUCCUGCUUCGGCAGCGUUGCACUCUUCCAGUUCUCUACUCUCCCCUCAGGUCACCGGAUUGAAACUGUCUCAGGACCUCGAUGAUCUUGCCAUUCUCUACCUGGCCACAGUUCAAGCCAUUGCUUUGGGGACUCGCUUCAUUAUAGAAGCCAUGGAGGCAGCAGGGCACUCGAUCAGUACUCUUUUCCUGUGUGGAGGCCUCAGCAAGAAUCCCCUUUUUGUGCAAAUGCAUGCGGACAUUACUGGCAUGCCUGUGGUCCUGUCGCAAGAGGUGGAGUCUGUUCUUGUGGGUGCUGCUAUUCUGGGUGCCUGUGCCUCGGGGGAUUUCGCUUCUGUACAGGAAGCAAUGGCAAAAAUGAGCAAAGUUGGGAAAGUUGUGUUCCCGAGACUACAGGAUAAAAAAUACUAUGAUAAGAAAUACCAAGUAUUCCUGAAGCUGGUUGAACACCAGAAGGAGUAUUUGGCGAUCAUGAAUGACAACUGAACAGGGCUUGCAGGUGCUGAUGCCAGAAGCUUCUGUGCCAUUGCAUUAAAGACCUCUGUCAUUUCAUCCAUGUUCAAGACCCUUGAGGUAUUGUUUCAUCAUUUCUGUAUUGUCUUUUAAUAAAGAAAACAAAUAUGUGCAACCAGAA